CUGAACGCGAUUUUAGUAUAAGAAUUUAUGAGAAAACGACGAGCGUGGUCAAACUUUCACUGGUACUGACCCGGACCGGUACUCGUGGUACUGUCGAAGGUUUUCAUUGUGAUAUUUUCGUGCUUUUCUUUGGACUUACAUAUAUAAAGCCAAAAUGACCCUGUUAAUCCAGCCCUCGCCAGAGAUGCAAAUCGACAUCAGAAAAGCCCUAAACGAAGAUGUUAACACGAGACAGUCCGACCUGGAGCAUAUUAAGGAGUGGCUGAAAAAACAGCCCCAUUUACCAGACACUUGGGAUGAAGAACGAAUAAUGACCUUCCUGAGAGGCUGCAAAUUCUCCCUAGAAAAAACCAAAAGGAAACUCGACAUGUACUUCACAAUGCGCACCGCCUGUCCGGAGUUCUUCGCCAACCGAGACGUCACCAGACCGGAACUGCAACAUAUCGCCAAACUAGGUCAAUUCCCCCCGCUUCCCGGACUCACCCCGGACGGUAAACGAAUAGUGGUCAUGCGCGGUAAGGACAAGGACAUAGACACGCCCCCAUUAGGCGACGUUGCCAAGUUGGUGCUGAUGAUCGGUGACGUGCGCCUCGCUGCCGAAGAAACGGGCGUGGCCGGUGACAUUUACAUUUUGGACGCCAGCGUUGCCAGUGCCAGUCACUUUUCCAAAGUUUCGCCCAGUUUGGCUAAGAAGUUUUUGGUUUGUGUGCAGGAAGCCUAUCCGGUAAAACUGAAGGAAGUCCACGUGGUGAACGUGUCACCACUAGUAGACACCAUAGUGCAAUUCGUAAAACCAUUUUUAAAGGAGAAAAUCAGGAACAGGAUACAUUUACACUCCAGUUUCGAUAGUUUACAUAAGAUGGUGCCCAAGGAGAUCCUGCCUGAGGAAUAUGGCGGAACCGCUGGAAAACUGCAAGAGUUCCACGAGGCCUGGAUGAAGAAACUGGAAGAAUAUGGACCAUGGUUCAAGGAGCAAGAGGACAUCAAAGCAGACGAGUCCAAGAGACCCGGAACACCCACCAACUACGACGAUUUAUUCGGCAUCGAUGGCAGCUUUAGACAACUAACCAUUGAUUAAUAACUUCGUAUUAUGCAAUAGGUCAAGCUCUUACACAGUUAAUGUUGCUCAGUUUUUGUUAAUUUUUAGUAAAUAAAACUCGACUUUUUUUUUUUUAAAAA